GAUGAAAGAUGUCUGCUUCGUCUCGUUGAGUGAGACAACGGGAGAUGAUGAUGAUGAUGAUGAUGAUGAUGAACGUCGCAACGCACUCCCCCUUCUCUUCCCUCUCUCCCACCUGUUCUUCGAAAAAGAGCUGAUCUCUUUCUCUCUCUCGUCUCCCUUGCGUACAGUGAAUGUGUACGUACUCCACCCCCCAGCCACUUAGACGACAAAGCAUCACAUGCCCUCCCUCGGGAGAGCGCCAGCAGGGCAAAGGGAAGAUCAAAGAUCGCCCCGACCUGAUUAGCCUACCUAGAUACCUACUGCAUAGGUAACAUGUACAUGUACAGAUAACAGCAUUCAUCACAUCUAGGUCAUCC